UAUUAAUCUCGAAAGUAUAAAUACAUAUAUAUAAUAUAUAUAUUACAUAUCUGUGUAUUUAUAAUUAAAACAGUACAAACAAACUUAACCUCAAAGUUAGGUAAAAGUAUCAAAUAUAUCUAUAUAUUAAAAAAGAUUAGGAGAGAUAUUCAACAUGCAUGGCAGAGUAAAAGUUCAAACAACUGCAGAACAGGAAGCAUUGAAGAAGAAGGAAAGAGCUGAAAAACUUUCACGUUAUAGAAUUGGCAUGAGUAUUGUGUUUAAGAAAAGAAACGAUAAGAUUUAUGAUGAAGAAUUGAUGAUGGUUACUGAACGUAUGGUAAAGCAAAAUCCAGAUAUUUAUACUUUAUGGAAUAUUCGUAGAGAGGCAUUUACAAAUAAUGAUUGGGAUGAAAAUCUUUUGGAGGAGUAUUAUCAAAAUGAAUUAAGACUUACUGAAGAUUGUUUAAAACAAAAUCCUAAAUCUUAUUGGGUAUGGUAUCAACGAAUAUGGAUUAUGAAUCAUUUAGUAAACUGUGAUUGGAAAAGGGAACUAAUGUUAUGCACCAAGUAUUUAAAUUUAGAUGACAGAAAUUUUCAUUGUUGGAAUUAUAGGGAAUUUGUUGUACAAAAAGCACAAAUUUCUCCUGAAGAAGAAUUUGAAUUUGCUACCUCAAAGAUUCUAAAUAAUUUCUCUAAUUAUUCUUCCUGGCAUUACAGAAGUUUAUUGUUAUCAAAAAUAUUUCAUAAUUCUGACCAAAACAAUAUUAAUGAAAAAAAGAAACAAGAAUUAGAUUUGGUCAUGAAUGCCACAUUCACAGAUCCUAGUGAUACUAGUGCUUGGUUCUACCAAAGAUGGUUAUUAGAUACCCAUGAAUGCCUUCCUAUUCUUUCUCAAGCCUUAAUACAAGAUAAUAAUGUGAUCCUUUUUGCUAAUAAAAAUAUACUAGCCGAGUCAAUAUGUCUACAAAUAAAUAAUGAAAAUGAGAACAUUCAAUGGAAAUCUUUAUAUGAAACAAAGAUUUCGAAAUUGUGGUUUGGAAAAUUUAAAAAACAGUUAAAUGAAGCAAAGAGUGUUCAGAUAGAAAUUGAAGGAAUACUUUAUCCUUUACUCUGUGUUAAUCAGAAAUGGAUAUAUAGAAAAAGGAAAUAUAAAUCCUGUUCUAAUAAAGAUCAAUUAUUAGAACAAUUAUCAAGUUACAAACAACUUGUAGAAAUGGAACCUAAUAAUAAGUGGGGUUAUUUAACCAGUAUUCUUUUAAUGAGGAAAAUCGAUUUUAUACAGUUUUAUGAAAAUAUUUUAACAAAUUUGAAUGUUCUUGUUAAUAUUGAUUCUCUUCGGUCCAAUUAUUAUAAAGAUUUGCGGAGCAAAUACAUAAUUGAAUACAAAAUUUCUGAAUUAUGGAAUAUAGAAGAAGAUCAAGAAACAGAAAUAGAAAUUGAUCUUUCUGGAUUAAAUUUAACCACACUCAGUAAUAACGAAUAUCUCAGUUUCUUUGAGCAAAUAAAUCUUAGUGCAAAUUAUUUAUCACAUUCCUUAAAUCAAUUAUCUUUACUCCAAAGUUGUAAAAAAUUGUCACUUUCAAGCAAUCAAAUGGAAAAUUUAAAAGAGUUUCCUAUGUUACAGAAUCUUGAAGUUUUAUCAUUAAGAAAUAAUAAACUAAAUAAUUUAGAAGAAAUAUUACAAUUACUAACGAAACAUAAAUUAAAGUUACUUGAUUUAAGAGAAAAUCCAAUCUGUAAUCUUAAAGAAUUAGAAAAUAGUAUUAUACAAAUCAAUCCAGAUUUACAACUAUAUGUAGAGUGAUUUUCAUAAUACACAUAUUGAUAAUAAGAUAUUGUCCAGCAUAGGUAUAUAAAUAAAAAUUUAAUGUUUGGUUAUAUGGGAAGAAUAAAAAUACUUAUUUAUUAUUUUU